AUGCCAUUCUCGCACCACUCCCACUCGGGCCAGUUCUGCCCCGGCCACGCGCGCGACUCCCUCGAAGACGUGAUCCAGACGGCCAUCUCCAAGAACAUGUCGGUCUUCGCACUCACUGAACACAUGCCCCGGCACGACCAAGACCGGUACCCGGAAGAGACGUCGACGCUCGAGACGCACCUUGCAAACGAAGAGGCCUAUGUCGCCGAGGCUCUCCGCUUACGCCAGAAAUACAAGGACAGGAUAGGGCUUCCACUGGGGUUUGAAGGGGAGUGGAUCCGUCCCGAGUCCGAGGACCUGAUCAAGCAGAGCCUGACCAAGUACCCGUACGACUUCUUCGUCGGCUCGGUGCACCACGUCCACACCAUCCCCAUCGACUACGACCACGCUAUGUACCGUGACGCGCGAGCCAAGGCAGGCGGCACAGACGAGAGGAUCUUUGAAGACUACUUCGACGCUCAGUUUGACAUGUUGACAUCCUUGAGACCGCCCGUGGUAGGGCAUUUUGACCUCGUUCGGUUGAAGAGCGACGAUCCGAACCAGAGUUUUCGGGAGAUGGAGGGGGUGUGGGCGCGGAUCUUGCGCAAUCUGGAUUGCAUUACCGCUUACGGGGGAAUACUGGAAAUCAAUUCUUCGGCAGUGAGGAAGGGCAUGGACGAGCCAUACCCAAAAGGGGAGAUUUGCCAGGCCGCGUUGGAGCGAGGCAUUCUGUUUUGCUUGUCUGACGACAGCCACGGUGUCGAUCAGAUCGCCCAUAGUUACCCACGCGUCCUGGCAUUUUUGGAAAAGGUGGGCAUCGGUUCGGUCAUCUUUCUAAGCCAUCGCGAACCCACCGAGGCACACGGCCAAAUACAUGACGAUCGCUUUCAGGCUUUGCGUACUGAACGGAUGGGGCUGAAAGAGCUGAGAGAACAUAGAUUUUGGGGUAAAUGA